CAUAUAAAUCUCUCUCUACCGCGGCUCUCUGGUUCAUCUAAGCUUAUUAGAAACCGCGCAUCCUCCCUCCUAGGGUCUCUCUGCUGCAUCUGCUCCAAUGCAGGGUAAGGGUACUGGGAGUUUUGGUAAGAGGAGGAACAAGACCCACACUCUAUGUGUGAGGUGCGGCCGCCGCAGCUUCCAUCUUCAGAAGAGUCGCUGCUCCGCUUGUGCUUACCCUGCCGCUCGCUUGAGGAAAUAUAACUGGAGUGUGAAGGCUAUCCGCCGAAAGACCACUGGAACUGGGAGGAUGAGGUACCUCCGCCAUCUUCCCCGCAGGUUCAAGAGCGGUUUCAGAGAGGGUACUCAAGCUGCACCAAGGACAAAGGGAGCUGCAGCUUCCACUUAAGAAGAGAAGUCCUCGUGGGAUGCACAAUGCUUAGCCAGGCCUUGAGUUGUUGUGCUCAAACAAGAUUGACUGGAACAUUGUUUUAUGUUAUUCACUGUUUGGUGGUCUGCUUAGAGGCAAACUUUAGUCUUUUGAAUAUUGUAGCUGCUGCUUUCAUUCUGGAAGAGAUUGCUGAGACGAUGUAUUUCUUCGAAGGUCGCUAUGAGUAUUUGAGUUUUGAUAAUAUGGUUUUGAAGUUGUCAGUUUUUUUGAGAAAUCAGUAUUGAAGUGGUUUAUGGACAGAUCUUGCUUUCUUAUACUUGCCAGAUGAGAAUGAGAGUCCAUGUUGUCUCCCAAGAGUUGGAGCCUUGUGAAAUGCAGUAUUACAUUGGUGCUGUUUGCUCUUUGUUUGCUUCAUGAU